GAGCUUUUAACGGUUUCUAAGGAUUUGAGGUCGAAAAAUAACUGAAAAAGGAAAAGAAUAAAGGUUUUGUAACUACAGCUUUCAGAAUGGUAGUCGGAGCCUUCCCAUUGGUGAAAUUAGGAUUAUUAGGCAUCAAGCACAUUGCCAAACCCAUCACCAAGCUGAUAAAGCGUACAGCUGUAAGGAACCCGCCCUUCAAAACCCUCGUUGUCGCCCCUUCAGCCACUUUAUACCACAACAUCUCUGUGCGGUCGAAGAUGUGGAUGCUGGGGAUGAGACAACCGCGUUUUGUUCCACCUUUGAACACGGCGAUGUCCAUUGAAAUGGGAGCAAACCUGCUGGGAGAGAUGUCUAUAUUCCUUAUUGGCGCUCUACUUUUGACUGCGGAGUUUUACAGGCAGAGGAGAAACGACAAAUCUAAGCAGGAAGAAAAAAACCGUGUUCAACAGCAACUGGAAACGAAAAUUACCGACCUAACCGAGAAGGUAGCCUUUCAGACCAUGGAAAUUAGGCAGCUAAAGAUGAUGGUUGGCAGCAUGGAUAGAUCGUAUGAUUGCUGUUGGACAUAACUGAAACCGAGUCGUCUACGAAACGUCAGUUGCCUGUUAUUUCGUUCAAA